AUGCAAACAGGACCGACUGGUCAAGAGCUAGAGGAUGCAUUGUGGGCAUAUCGCAUCGCAUUUAAGACUCCCAUUGGCACCUCACCGUAUCGGUUAAUCUUUGGUAAGGUGUGUCAUUUGCCCGUGGAGAUUGAACACAAAGCCAUGUGGGCUCUGAAAAGGUUAAAUCUUGGCUGGGCUGAAGCUGCUAAUCUGAGAAUGACACAACUCAACAAAAUGGAAGAUUUCCGUCUCCAUGCCUAUGAGAGUGCAACCAUGUAUAAGGAACAAAUGAAGUUUGUUCAUGACAAGAAUAUCUUGAAAUGGGAAUUCAAAUCUAGCGACUUGGUCUUGCUCUUCAACUCGAGACUCAAGUUAUUUUCGGGCAAACUCAAAUCCAAAUGGUCUGGCCCAUUUAAAAUUGUGAAUGUAUCCCCUUACGAUGCUAUUGAAUUAGAGUCGGAAGACGGACUUCGCACUUUCAAAGUAAAUGGACAACAGGUUAAGCAUUACCUGGGCAUAACAGGAGACAAGCACUUGAUAGAGCAAAUUUCUCUCAAGGAUAGUUCGACCCCCACCACUGAGUAG